CAGUGCAUCUGUGUAUGUUUUUGUUUAUCUCUGUGUCCUGUGUCAAAAGUGAAAGCAAUUUUGAGUUCAAAGCCCCGUAUUACCUUUCCUUUCUAAAAAGUGUGAAUAAUAUCUCAUCCUAAACAAAUCCACGCUGCUAUCCCAACAAUUAAUACGUGUAAAAUUGUGCAUCUUGCGAGAAAACUCCGUUUAACCUCACUUAUUUUUCGAAAUCGGUUUCUUUAUUAAUUGUUGUUAAAUCGCGGUUUUUGGCAGUGAAUUGUCGUAGUAGGCCGUCGUGAUGGAAAAAACUAACGUGUGUUACCCGGAUUCCAGCGAGUGCUGUGAUGUUUACAGCUGCGACAGUGCGGUUCAUGCCGGUAAUUUGGGAUCGGCGCUAUCGUUCAGACCGCGGGGCUCCUUAGCCAGGGCGCUGUACCAAAAACAGCAGCACGAUGUGUUUCUCAGUCAGUUUGACAAGGCCGAGUGGUAUCAUUGUGACUUGGAUCAAGUUCCCCCCUCACUGGCCUCGAAGUUUGUACAACUAGGGCCUGACCAAGACACGAUAAACUUUUUAGAACAGUCGGAAAGGAAAUCUGACUGGGUUCUCACGCAAAUUUGGCAUUCUUUGGUUAAAGCUCUCUUAGGAUGGUUUAUGACGCAAACAUCAAUAAAUGGGUGGCUCCAGCGUGGUUCCAUGUUCGUAAUCUCUCAACCCCAGCUUAGGAAAUUAUUUAAAAUAGACGAUAAUUGGAGAGCAGACACGUUACUCGAUUUGGGCGCGGGUGACGGGGAGGUGACGGCCCAUAUCGCUCCUGCCUUCUUUAAAGUUUACGCCACGGAAAUGUCUAGCACCAUGAGGACCCUGCUUCAUCGCCGGGGAUACGAGCUAUUGGACAUAGACAACUGGUACUUGGACCGAAAGUUUGAUGUCAUAUCCUGUCUGAAUCUAAUCGACCGCUGCGAUACCCCUUUGGAAUUACUAAAUCAAAUCUUGACCUCUUUGAAACCAGAUGGAAGGGUGUUGCUAGCAGUUGUCUUACCUUUUUCAGCCUAUGUGGAGUCAGGUGCCCCAGACCACAAGCCUAAAGAACUACUGCCUAUAAACGGUUCCUGUUUUGAAGAACAAGUAAGAUGCAUCGUUGACGAUGUAUUAACCCCAGCCAACUUCGAGGUAGAAUCUUGGAGCAGAGUGCCUUACUUGUGCGAGGGAGAUCUUCAACAGUCGUACUAUUGGUUGGACGACGUUAUAUUCGUUCUUAAGCUCAAAAAUACAUAACAAUGGUAACUUUUAGUACUUUGUAUGGCAGUUGUAUAUGUGUGUUACGUACACAUGCUUGUCUUAAAAAUUACGGAUAUGGUAUUUGAUUAAUAUUGUUAUCAGGUGUAUUGAUCUGAAGUUUUCCAGUCAACCAACACCAACAAUACAAACAAACUCGAUAUACAUGUAAAAAUUCACUAUUAAAAAAAUGUAAUUUUUGAUUACAAUGAUAUCUGAUAUCCCAAAAGCAUAUAUCAAUCAAUAUGUAUACAAAUUUUAUAGCUGUUUUAUAAUAAGAACUGUAAAAUGAAUAUACAUUUCAUAUAGUAUUCAUCCUGAUAGCAUGCGGUUCAUCUAGUUAUUUAAUAACGGUUUAGUCGCCAUAUAUUACAUAAAUAUUUGUAGGUACUAUAAUUAUGUCUUUCAAGGAGAAGUACCGUUACUUUUUUAUGAUAUUUUAAAAAUAUGUAAGUAUUUUUAUUUCUUUUUUAAUUGUAUUUAUUUAAGAACUAUA